AUGUCUAUGUCCACACCAAUGCCUUCGCCUACACCCACGCCCACGCCCCUCGACUCCAAAAAAAUGGCACCAAAAGAGAAAAAGAAUAAAGAUGAUAGACCUUAUAAAUGUACAUUUUGUGAUAAGGCUUUCCAUCGAUUAGAACAUCAAACUAGACAUAUUAGAACCCAUACGGGAGAAAAGCCCCAUGCUUGUACUUUUCCUGGUUGUGUUAAACGAUUCAGUAGAUCCGAUGAAUUAACUAGACAUUUAAGAAUUCAUACCAAUCCAAGUUCAAGAAAACGGAAAAAUAAGAAUCAAAAUAUGAUGAUUAAUACUACUAAUGGUACUAAUACUACUACUACAACCCCUGCAGGUAUGGCCAUUUCACCAAAUAAUUUACCUCCUGGUUCAUAUGCUAUACCUAAUACAGCUAUUCCAUUUUCUAUUGAUCGUAAUGGGAAUCAUGUAUAUCAUCAACCUUAUCCAGUGUAUUUUGUGCCUCAUGCUAAUGGGUAUAUGCAACCAAUGGUACAAACUCAAGGUGUAACCGUUGUUCCUAAUUCUGAUCCACAGCAACAACAACAGCAACAGCAACAGCAACAGCAACAGCAACAACAAUACCACCAGCAAUUCCAAUAUCAAGAACGUCCACAACAACAAACCAAUAUUAGAUCCAAUAAUCAUUUACAACAACAUGGAUCAGCAAUAUUUUCAUUGCCUUCAUCUCCAACUAUGUCAUCGGCACAAACACCAAAUUCAGGAACCAGUUCAUCAUGUGAAAGUAUCAAAUUAGCUCCAUUGUCUAUACCAAACAACCUUUCUCGUCCACAACAGCAACAGCAGCAGCAGCAGCAAAUUCCUAAAUCGGAAUCUUCAACUAGCCUAUAUUCUGAUGGUAAUAGAUUAUUUAGUCGACCAAAUUCAACAUUACAUUCAUUAGGUUCAUCUCCAGAAAAUAAUAAUUCUCUGGGUCAAUUAAGUGGAGUUCCAACUCCAUCAUUUUCUAAUUUGAAUGAUUAUUUCCAACAAAAAAAUAACAAUAAUAAUAAUAAUAAUAAUUCUCGAUUAUUUAAUGCUAGUUCAUCAUCAUUAAGUUCAUUAAGUGGUAAAAUAAGAUCUUCAUCAUCGACGAAUUUAGCUGGUUUACAAAGAUUAACUCCAUUAACCAGUACUACUACAACUAAUACAUCAUUAUCUAAUAAUAAUAAUAUGACUAGACUAAAUAUAAUACCAAAACAACCAUCUUCUACUUCAUUAAAUUUAGAAUUCUAUAAUGGUAACAAUCAACAACAACAACAGAAUUAUCAUGCGACAAAGAAAUCUCGACCAAAUUCACCAUCACAAACUCCAAUUCAUUUAUCAAGUUCACGUAAAAGUGCCAAUAAUCUGUUUAUAAUAUCACCUAAUGAAACCCCAUUACAAACUCCAUUACAAUCACCACAAUUAAAACCAUAUCAAGAUCAACCAAUAGGAAAUAAUAUUAAUAAUACAUCAGAUACACUUAUUGGAUCGGUUGUUAAUGAGAAAUUAAAUAAUAUUAGUAUUGCUACUAAUGGAACUCAAUUACCACCAAUUAGAUCAGUAUUAAGUUUUACUUCAUUAGUUGAUUAUCCUCCUGAUUCUAAACAAAAAAUUGUUGCACCACCAAUAGUAGAUACUACUACUAUAAUUAGAGGUGAAACUAAUGGUAAUAAUGGUACUAAUAAUGAUAAUUCAAAUGCUAAACCAAUGAGUUUAACCAAUUUAUUAAGUUAG